GUGAGUGAGUGAGUGAGUGAGUACCUGUGUUGUGUCGUCCUGCUGCAGCGUCCGUGAUGAGGAGAGCCGGUGAAAUAUGAUGAGGAUUUUAUUGAGUUUUCUGGGCAGUUUUCGUCUGAGGGAAGAAGAAGCGACAGAAGUGAGCUGAGAACAGAGAAGAGCAGCAAACAGGGUUUUUCAAUGCCUCACCAUCCCAGCAUGUGGUAAUCUUCUCCGACAAACCAGAAAGAUAGUGAACGACACUUGAAGUGGUUCACCUUGUCAACAAUCCACCUGCACCAGCUGCUCAAAUGGCCCACCCUUAUGAGCCCUGGUUAAGGACAGCACCACCAAGUGGCAGUUCAGAGGACAUGAACAUCCCCUCCUGGUGGGACCUCCACAGAGAUGUCCAAGCAGGGAGCUGGAUAGACCUGCAGACGGGUCAGGGUGUUGGUCUACCUCCAGUGAGUCCAGGGACUUCCAUGGGGUUGCAGUCCUCUUUAGGUCCCUACGGCUCUGACCCACAGCUGUGCACCUUGCCUUCAGCUCAGCACGUUCAACCCUCACACUCACCUCACCUCUUCCCCCAGGAUGGCUUUAAGAUGGAGCCACUGGCCCCAGAAAUGCUGCAGCAAGAGCCAUUUUCCCUGGAAGAGCCGCAGGAGACAUCUGUCUCUGCCCGUCCCAAGCCCCAACGCCGCUCCUCUUCCAGAGGUGCUGGACAGGCUGUGUGUCGGUGCCCUAACUGCGUCCAUGCUGAGCAAAUGGGCCAGAGCACAGAAGACAGCAGGAGGAAGCACAUGCACAACUGCCAUAUUCCCGGCUGUGGCAAAGCCUACGCUAAGACCUCCCAUUUGAAGGCGCACCUACGAUGGCACAGCGGGGACAGGCCGUUUGUCUGCAACUGGCUCUUCUGCGGCAAGAGAUUCACGCGCUCUGAUGAACUUCAGCGCCACCUGCAGACGCACACCGGAGCCAAGAAGUUCAGCUGCGCGCUAUGCCCCAGAGUCUUCAUGCGCAAUGACCAUCUGGCCAAGCACAUGCGCACGCACGAGUCCCCGCCAGGACACGGGGACGAGAGGGCAAACGGAGACGGCAGGAUCGAUAAGGGCUUCGACGCAUCCUCGACAUCGCAGUCGUCUUCAAAUGUGUCUGUGUCUGACACCACAGAGCCACAGAUGAAGCUGAAAUGUGAGACAGAUCCAUCAGUCUCCAGUGUGACCGGGCAGUCCGGCUAAUUUCACCAGUCACAGGUUUUACCAUCUGUUCCCUCUCUCUGUCCUUGAGGUGUCAUAGAUUUACGAUAGAAUAGAGAAGAAAGAAGAAAAGUUAGGAGUUCUUCUGAUGAAAGCUGGAUUUCCCGUGAAAUGAACAGCUGUGUCAUAACGCAGAGAGAAAGCAUGAGUUUUACUGGCGGAUUCAAACUUUCCUCUGUCUUUACUAAAAGUGAAAAACGUCAAAGCAGGCGAUUUAGCUGAAGCCGCCUCACAUUUAACUGCUGCUAGAUCGACAGUCCAAAUGAAGGUGGCUCGUUUAGCUGUUUACAAUGAAAUCAUUUAUACGUGGUACUGGAAGAGUUUCAAAGGUUACAUGCCUUUUAAGUGAGACAGCCGAGAGUGAGAAUAAUUUCUUUUUGUUUCAGACUAUCACCUUGCUAUUAGUGCAGACUACUGUGCAAUUUGUGAUGAGACACUGGAGAAUAAUUACAGCAUUUUCUAUUUUUUUUUGUUUUUUAAAGGUCAGAUGUUGUUUACAAGCUUAACAGAACACAGGGCCACUGAAUUGGGUGUGUGUGUGUGUGUUUGUGUUCUCGUAUGUAAGUAAUUGAAAGGGUACAUGAACAAAGAGAGCAAUGCUGUGCUGUGGCAUCUGCCACGCACCACUGACUGCUAAUAUUAAUGUGAUGACAAUAUAAUAUAAUAUAAUAUAAUAUAAUAUAAGAUAAGAUAAGAUAAGAUAAGAUAAGAUAAAGAGAUAAAGAACCUGAUUAAACAAAACUACAAAUUCAUACAGAACUGCUGGUCACAGCAGCUGGAGACGGUGGCUCAGUUCCGGUCAGGUGAGAAAAGAGGAUGACGCUGUGCAAGAGGAGGAAACGCUGCCUGGCUAAAUGAAUCCUGGUUUCUGUUGGGACACGCUGAUGACAGCCGCCAUAUCUGGUGUAAACACAGUUCCAGAGAUCCACCCUGUCAACAUAUGUCAAGCAGCUGGCGUUGAUUGAAACUUCCAGCAUAAAAGCAGAACUCUGUGACAUCAUUGGUCCCCGGGAACAUACGCAGUCCCAAUAUUUAAAGCUGCACUUAAUGAGAUUUUGUUAAAAGCAAUGGAUCAAAGCACUGUGUAAUGUGAAAGAUGUUGUGACAGAUCGUUAUCAUCUGACCCUACAUUUCCCCUUCAGUUGCACUUUGAGCAGAUUUGAGCCCAUUGUUCUGGUUUUCUAGCUGUUUUUUUUUUGGUUAAGAAUCACUCCUCAUAUCCAACCCUGUUUCCAGCAGCAAGUACCAAGUGUCAAAAACACUACUGAUAAAGCCACCGUAGGCUAUCAAGCCAGCAAAAAAAAAAAAGUAACUGUUUGUAUUGGAGGUAAUAAACGUGUUCUACUGCCCCAAUGUGGCACAAAAGUGCAUUAUAUUGUGGUGGUAUAAUAGUGGCUUUACACAUUUUUUCCCAAAUAUUUUCAUCUUGAUACCUCUGCAGUUGAGCUAUAGUGGUUCUCAAACUGUGGUACAUGUACCACCAGUGGUACACACACUUCCUCUGGUAGGUACUUGGAGAAAUGUCAGAAAUACUGUUCUACUGUAAAUACCAGGGUACGUGAGCGUGUAGAAAAUGAAACAACUAAUAAUAAUGAAUAAUAAUAAUUAGAGUCACCUUAUCUCUUGCUCCAUCUUAAUCUAAUUUCACUAUACCAGUGUGUGAAGUAUAUGUGAGGAAGAGGAGGAUGAUUAAGGCGCAAAUGGGAAUAAAUCUGCCUCCUGUGAAAAGUUUGUAGCUGACUUUUGCUCGGCCUACAUACACCACAUUAUAACGUUGGCAGUAAUGGUGUUACUUUUAUUUUCUCAGGUGGUACUUGGUAUAAAAAGUUUGAGAACCACUGUUAGCACGUUUUUAUUGCCAUGUGUCUCAAACUUAACUCUGAUAAAUCAUCUUACUUAGCGGUCCAGCAUGAAAUAAAACCGAAAAUGAGUGACACAUACGGUUUGUCUGGAUAAUUAACCUUUAUAAUCAGUACUGUAUGAUCAGUAGUUCUGUAGUAAGCAGUGUAAGCAGCUGUACACUCUAAAAACACUGUUAGAAUGCAUAUAAACCAAGUUAGGCUGAGAUUUCUAUACUGUAUAUUAGGGAGCCGACAUUAUUGUUGGACCACGAUUACUGCAUUCAUGUAUAGAUGAUAAUAAAUGGAAGCUAGUGCUUAAAUAUCAGUCAAUUAUUGCAUAAUUACUAUUAUAAUAUUAUUAGUAUUAUUAUUUUUUUGUUGACCUUAUUAUAGAUUUGUGAGACUUUUGUUAUGGUCAGUAGAGCAAAAUGAACAUGUUUUUAAAUUGGUCAUUGUAGUAAAUUACUUUAGUUGUGGAGACUGUAAUAAAUUCAAAAUGUUUAAUAAGUUAUGUAUCAUGGUGUAGUAACUUGUAUUUAAUCUAUUAUUGUCUGCUAUGAAAUAAAAAAUGAUAUAUA